AUGAUAAAGGUAGCAUGGUACUACAAUGAUAACGUCCAAAGUGUCGUGAAGCAGAAGAAAGAAGCUACAAGCGUUGGCAGAAGGUGUGGGGCCCGGAAAGCCUGGUCACGUGCAAAAGUUGCAAAAAGCCGGCCAAGCUACUGCUGCGAAGGUGAAGUGUACGGAAAGCUGAACGCCUCGCAGGAUGAAGCUCGAUGGUCGAAAAGGAGACAAAUUUGUGAAGGCUGUAAAGAACUGUGGGAACUGUUCUCAAGUGAGGCGACGGUAGGCCCCAUCGCACUCCUUACAGGGAAUGAUGUCUUCCAGGUAAUAGGGGAGAUGAAGUUUGGAAAAGCGAAUGGUCCGAUUGUCGUACCGACAUGGAAGACGCUAAACGGGCAAACGAUUAAUUGGCUCACCAGAAUCCGGACCACUGACCACUGA